AUGCCGCCCUUCGCCUCGGGGCUGCUGGUGCUGACGGCGCCGCUGCCCCCCGCGGCUGUGUACGGCUGCCCGCCGAGCCUGCCAGCGCUGCUGCUGGGCGAGGACACCGCGGGGGACGCCGAGGGCGACCCCGAGUGGGACCCCGGGCAGGAUCCUGACGCGACCCUCCCCGAAUUCUCGGACGUGGCGGUUGGCGGCACCUUCGACCGGCUGCAUGGCGCCCACCGGCUCCUGCUCAGCGCCUGCUGCCUCGUGGCCCGGCGGCGGCCCCCCCCCCCCGCCCGGCGGCGGCUCCUGGCCGGGGUGGCCGACGGAGACCUGCUCCGCCACAAGGUCCUGUCGGAGCUGAUCGAGCCGUACGAGCUGCGGGCGGCGAAGCUGCGCGAGUUCUUGGAGGAUGUGAAGCCCUCACUGUGCUACGAUAUCGUGCCUCUGGCCGACCCCUUCGGCCCCUCAAUCACAGACCCCGACCUGCAGUGCCUGGUGGUCAGCGAGGAGACCCGCCGGGGAGGGGAGGCCGUGAACAGGAAGAGACUUGAAAAUGGACUCCCCGAGCUGACUCUCCAUGAAAUCCAAUUGAUGAAGGACCCUGUCCGGAGUCAGAAUGAGGAGGAGAAGAUCAGCUCCUCCAGCCUCCGGCAGAGGCUGCUGGGGACACUGCUGCAGCCCCCACGGCAAGACCCAGCUCUGCUGCUGCGCCCAUACGUGAUUGGCCUGACUGGGGGAACUGGGAGUGGGAAAACCUCCAUUGCCAAACUCCUGGGGCAGCUGGGUGCGUUCAUCAUCGACGCCGACAAGCUGGGCCACGCCGUCUAUGUCCCUGGUGGCCCGGCCUACGAGCCAGUGGUGGCAGCCUUUGGGGCAGGGAUCCUGAACAAAGAUGGAACGAUUAACAGGAAAGUCCUUGGGGCAAAAGUGUUUGGAAACCAGGAGCGACUGAAGAGCCUGACGGACAUUGUGUGGCCCCAAAUAGCACAGAUGGCGAAGGAGAGAGUCAGGGAGGCUGAUGCUCAAGGGAAGGCCGUGUGUGUGCUGGACGCUGCUGUGCUGCUGGAGGCCGGCUGGCAGGACAUGGUCCACGAGGUGUGGACAGCCAUCAUCCCGGAGGAGGAGGCUGUGAGGCGUAUUGUGGCCAGGGAUGGGCUGACUGAGGAGGCUGCUCGGCACCGGCUGCAGAGCCAGAUGACCAACAAGCAGCGGGUAGAGCAGUCACAGGUGGUGCUCUGCACCCUCUGGGAGCCGGACAUCACCCGCCAGCAGGUGCAGAAGGCCUGGGACCUGCUGCAGCAGCGCCUGAGCCCGUGAGGAACCGUCCCGCAAGGCCCCGUGGAGAUCCGUGUCCUGCCACCACUGCCCACGAUGAGCCGGCGGACGGAACAGCGUGGGACCGAGAGCAGCGGCCCCAUCCAGCUCCGGCGAGGGUCCGGGGCGUCUUGCGGUCCCCCGGUGAGGGGGAACCCUGCAGGCUGAGCCCCGCUGGGUGACAGUAAAGAGGCUGCUCCUGCA